GCGGACUUUUAUUCUACGUCAUUGUGGCGAUUCCAAGUUCCACCAACGCAUUUUUGACGUCACAGCUUCCCGCUGCAGCAGGUGCAAUCUUUAGCUACGCACCUGUAAGCCACGCCCACUCACCCACUUUUGUGCCUCACGGGAGCAAAAUGGCGUCAGGCGUCCCGGCGGCGUCGGCGACGACUUCCACGAUUUCCAUCGAACAGGAUCAAUUCACCUGCUCGGUGUGUCUGGAGGUUCUGCGGGACCCGGUGACCAUCCCGUGCGGCCACAGCUACUGCUUGAGUUGCAUCGAGGACUACUGGGGCAGAGGCAAUCCGCAGAAGGCCCAGUACAGCUGCCCGCAGUGCCGCCAGGAGUUCAAGCCGAGACCGCUGCUCAAUCGGAACACGGUCCUGGGCGAGCUGGUGGAGAAGUUCGUCCGGAGCGGAGUCCGAGAGAAGCCGGCCGAGGAGCGACUCCGUGGGCGGGGACGCGGCGGGGUCGCGGCUCCCAAGACGCUGUGUCCACAACACCAAAAGCCGCUGAAGCGGUACUGCCGGACCGACCAUCACAUCUUGUGCUCGCACUGCAUCGACGGCCACAAGAACCACGACGUCGUGCGGCCGGGGAACGAACGGGCGGCGCAGCAGAAAAAACUCCAAGAAGCGUCUUUGAAGUGCGCGCAGAACAUUAAGGAAGUGGAGAAGGAACUUCACUAUGUGGUCAAAUACAUCAAACACGCCACCGAGGCAGCGGAGGAGGAGAGCGACCGGGUGUUCUCCAAACUGCUCCGCGCCAUCGAGAAGCAGCGGUGCGAAGUGAAGGAGGCCAUCCGAGGGCGCGAGCGGGCGGCCCUGGCGCAGACCCAGCAGCUGCAGGACAAGCUGGACCGGGAGACGGCGGAAGUGCGAAGGAGCGAGGCCGAGCUGGACAAGCUCUGCCGGAGCGACGACCACCUCCACUUUCUUCAGAGGUGCAGAUCGCUUCGUUUCCCGUCCAAGUCGGUGCAAAUUCCCGAGACGGACACGCUCCCGUACUUUAUGUACAAAAGAAUGCGAGAAGGGCUGGCGGAGCUGAGGGUGGAUCUGGACCAGAACCUCCAGAGGGAAUUUGACAGGAUCUCCGAUAAAGUGAUUUCACUGAAGGAAACCAGCAUGCCAAAUGAAAAGACCAAAGUUGCAAUAGAUGCUCACAUUCUGUACGAGUCUGACCCGAAGACAAGAGAGGAUUUUUUACACUAUUACCAAGACUUGACGCUGGACCCCAACACGGCCAACCGUUACCUGAGUUUGUCCGAAGACCACCGGGCGGCGACCACGCGCCCCGAGGCCCAGCCGUACCCGGAUCACCCGGAGCGCUUCAGCAAGUGGGCCCAGGUACUGUGUCGUGCCGGCAUGGCGGGUCGCUGCUACUGGGAGGUGGCGUGGGCCGGCAAAGGCGGGGCCUCCGUCGGCGUUUGCUACCGCAGCAUGAGCCGGAGCGGCGGCGGCAGCGACAGCAAGCUGGGCCACAACGCCAAGUCUUGGAGCCUGGACUGCUCCAACGCCGCGUGCACCUUCCGCCACGACAAACGGAGCGCCGACGCGGCUGCGCCGUGCGCCAAGAGGAUCGGAGUCUAUCUGGACUACCGGGCCGGGGUUUUGUCCUUCUACAACAUUUCUGACCGCAUGUUUCCGCUUUACAGUGUCCAGGCCACCUUCAGUCAGCCCGUGUUUCCGGGAUUUUGGGUGGGAUUGGGGUCUACUCUGAAGUUGUGUUCCCUGUAAUUGGAAAGGUAGUUGCUGCUCACUUCAUUAGGUACACUUGCAUGAAAGAUAAAGCUGGAUGAAAAUAUAUUGAAAAAAAAUUCACAUGACCGGUUUUGAGUGCGGCUAUAUAGUAAAAUGUAUUUUUUGACAUUUAAAAAAGUUUUUGAUCCGACUUCAUCAAGCAAGUGGGGUUGAAAGAA